UUCUCAAACUCUAAUCGGAAAAAAAUGGAAGCAGUAACGGCGAUUAAGCCAUUAAUCAGAGUCGCUGCUCUCUCCGGUUCCCUCCGUAAAACCUCUUUCAACACUGGUCUCCUCCGUGCAGCGAUUGAUUUGACGAAAGAAUCAGUUCCGGGAAUUCAAAUAGAGUAUAUUGAUAUAUCUCCGUUACCGUUGAUUAACACGGAUCUUGAAGUCAACGGUACUUAUCCUCCGGUUGUUGAAGCUUUCCGGCAGAAGAUUCUUGAAGCUGAUAGUAUCUUGUUUGCUUCUCCUGAGUACAAUUUCUCUGUUUCAGCUCCACUUAAGAAUGCUCUUGACUGGGCUUCAAGACCACCUAAUGUUUGGGCUGACAAACCCGCUGCUGUUAUAAGCACCGGUGGAGGUUUUGGUGGAGGAAGAUCGCAAUAUCAUCUUCGACAAAUCGGAGUAUUUCUUGAUCUUCAUUUCAUCAACAAACCCGAGUUUACUCUCAAUGCGUUUCAGCCGCCUCAGAAAUUCGAUGCAGAAGGAAACCUAGUCGAUGAAGCGGCUAAGGAGAGGUUGAAACAAGUCCUUCUCUCGUUACAAGCAUUUACACUACGACUUCAAGGUGAUGGAAGUUCUCCUGUUCAAGUCACUAGUGUGGAGGAGAUAGUACUUAAGGAUAAUAACAAGGCAAACUUUACGAUAUCCGGUUCUACAAGUAAAAGUAUCAAUGGAGGAGUUAUUCAUGUGGAUGUUGAAAUAGACAUGACUCAUUUGUUUAAUGAAAAAUACGACUUGUGUGCACUUAUGGCAUGCCCUGUUGCACCUGGUGCCUUCGUGCUUCCCCUUGAUAAUAUUGUUCCUUUCUAUCCCAUGGUGAAAAUAAGGGUUCGCAUAGACAUUUUUGACGACUCUAAAGAUUCGAAUCAUAUAAUGUGCCUCACUUUCGAAAUCAAGAGGGAAAGUUCCUUUGCGGUGUCUGGUUAAUCAAGUUGCCAGAUGAAAAGUGUUAUCAAGUCUAUAUACAAGUAUGUGAUCGCUUUAUAUUGUAUGAUAAACUUGAAUUAUGUAAGUUUUCUUUUUCUUCCUUUUUGUGUGGUAUCCAACAAAUAAAAAAGGGUUUGUAUU